AUGAGCACGCUGCUGCCUCUUUGCUGCUGGUACUCCUGGCUGCUGUUAUUUUAUUGUAAUUUUCAGGUGCACGGAGCCUACUCCAGGUCACAAGACCAUCCAGGGUUUGAGGUCUUGGCUUCAGCUUCCCAUUACUGGCCAUUGGAAAAUGUGGACGGGAUUCAUGAGCUUCAGGACGCAAGUGAAGAGAUGGUAGAAGGGAAGGUCAACAAAGGCGUUUACUUCAAAGAGAGAAAGGGGGUCACGGUCCUCUAUUACGACAGGGACAAGGCUUCCUGCAUUAGCAAUCCAGCGCAGUGUGGCCCUGAAGGGGUGACAUUUUCUUUUUUCUGGAAGACACAAGGAGAACAGUCCAGACCAAUCCCUUCUGCUUAUGGGGGACAGGUCAUUUCCGACGGGUUCAAAGUUUGCUCCAGUGGCGGCAAAGGCUCUGUGGAGCUGUACACACGUGAUAAUUCAAUGACAUGGGAGGCCACCUUCAACCCACCAGGUCCUUACUGGACUCAUGUCCUGUUCACAUGGAAAUCUAAGGAGGGUCUGAAAGUUUAUGUCAAUGGGACCCUGAGCACCUCUGAUCCAAGUGGAAAAGUGUCUCAUGCCUACGGGGAGCCCAAUGUCAACCUGGUGAUAGAAUCUGAGCAGGACCAGACCAAGCGUUAUGAGAACAGAGCUUUUGAUGAGUUCAUCAUCUGGGAGCGCGCCCUAACUCCGGAUGAGAUUGCGAUGUACUUCACAGCUGCCACUGGAAAGCAUGUUUUGUGGACUUCAACACCGUCAAGCUUCCUCAUGACACCCACAGCAAACACCAUGACGCCCACAGAUGCUUACCAUCCCAUCAUAACCAACCUGACAGAGGAGAGAAAAAACUUCCAAAGCCCUGGGAUUGUACUGAAUUACCUUCAAAAUAUGUCCCUCAGCUUACCCAAUAAGUCCCUCUCAGCAGAAACUGCAUCGAAUCUCACCAAGACCUUGUUGAAAACUGUGGGAGAGGUUCUUCUGCUGCCCAGUUGGACUGAUAUGUCAGAGGACAAAGCUGUGGUGCUGGGCCUGAUUGACACCAUUGACACCAUCAUGGGCCACAUCUCUUUCAACCUGUGGGUCGGCAAGCCCCGGGUCACCAUCAUGGGCUCUUCCUUCAUGGCAGAGUUUUCAGUGAUCAAAGUCAUUCCCAGGGUGCUGAAUGCCUCCCACUACCGCUUCCCGGCCCGAGGGCAGAGCUACAUCGAGAUUCCCCAUGAGGCCUUCCACGGCCCAGGCUGGACCACCAUUGUGGGCCUGUUCUACCACUCCGUGCACUAUUACUUGAACAACAUUCAACCCGCCAAGACCAAGAUCACUGAGGCAGCAAGUUACAAAGACUGCCUGCUGUUUGCCACCAGCUCCCUGAUUUCCCUGGAGGUCUCCCCACCACCGACCCUUGCCCAGAACCUGUCGGGCUUUCCUCUCGUCACCGUCCACCUCAGGCACAAAUUGACCCAUAAGCAGUACAACGAGGCCACCAAUGAGAGCAACAAAGUCUUCCUGUAUUGUGCCUUCCUGGACUUCAGCUCCGGAGAAGGGGUCUGGUCCAACCAGGGCUGUGCACUCACAGGAGGAAACCUCAACUACUCCAUCUGCCGCUGCACUCACCUCACCAACUUCGCCAUCCUCAUGCAGGUGGUCCCACUGCAGCUCACACAUGGGCACCAGGUGGCACUGUCGUCCAUCAGCUACAUCGGCUGCUCCCUGUCUGUGCUCUGCCUGGCUGCCACACUGGUCACCUUCGCUGUGCUAUCCUCUGUCAGCACCAUCAGGAACCAGCGCUACCACAUCCAUGCCAACCUGUCCUUCACCGUCCUGGUAGCCCAGAUUCUGCUGCUCAUCAGCUUCCACUUUGAGCCGGGCACAAUCCCAUGCCAGGUGCUGGCCAUGCUCCUGCACUACUUCUUCCUGAGCGCCUUUGCCUGGAUGCUGGUGGAAGGGCUGCAUCUCUACAGCAUGGUGAUCAAGGUCUUUGGGUCAGAGGACAGCAAGCACCUCUACUACUACGGGAUAGGAUGGGGCUUUCCUCUUCUGAUCUGCAUCAUUUCGAUAUCAUCUGCCAUGGACAGUUAUGGAACAAGUGACAAUUGCUGGCUGUCGCUGGGGAGUGGUGCCAUCUGGGCCUUUGUAGCCCCUGCCCUGUUGGUCAUUGUGGUCAACAUCGGCAUCCUCAUUGCAGUGACCAGGGUCAUUUCUCAGAUCAGCGCUGACAACUAUAAGAUACACGGGGACCCCAGUGCCUUCAAGCUGACGGCAAAAGCUGUGGCGGUGCUGCUGCCCAUCCUGGGCACCUCGUGGGUCUUCGGUGUGCUUGCUGUCAAUGACAGGGCCGUGGUCUUCCAAUACAUGUUUGCCAUCCUUAACUCCUUGCAGGGACUUUUCAUUUUCCUCUUUCAUUGUCUCCUGAAUUCAGAGGUAAGAGCUGCCUUCAAGCACAAAACCAAGGUCUGGUCCCUCACAAGCAGCUCUACCCGCAACGUCAACGUGAAGCCCUUCCACUCAGACAUCAUGAACGGGACCCGGCUAGGCACAGCUUCCACCAGGCUCAGCCCUUGGGACAGGAGCAGCCAUUCUGCCCAUCGCGUGGAUCUGUCUGCUGUGUGA